AUGUUUGGCUCGUCGCACUCGCGCCAGCGUGCGCAGGAUAGCUCCAUGUGGCUAGCCGACGGGUCACACACCCAGAGCACGCCAAAAGGCUCACAGGAGACCGAAGUGCCGCAGAAAAGCGGCCUCAUGCAGAGUAUCGGCAGCCGCCUGCUGCGGGCCGUUCCCUGGUCGAGUCCCCGGCGGAGCGUGCUGCCUACGCACGACGAACCUACGCCUCCGAAACGACCCAGGAUUGAACAGGUACAGCACACGCCUGAGCGUGCGUCGUAUACACCCGCCAAAUCGACGCUACCGCCGCCAAACUAUACGCCGGAUCGCACCGCACUCUUUGCUCGUGCUGCGACGCCGAGUGCACUGCGCAGCCGCGGCCAGCUGACGCCUGCGCGUGCGCGCGCAUUGCCUGGAGGACAGGGUAUCCCUGCAAGCGCGUCGACUGGCGGCCUGACGCCGGGCAAGUCGUCUUGGAGCACACUGCAUCUCGGCCCGACGCAGACGCCGUCGCUCUCGACGCACCCUUCGCUCCGCGACUUUGUGCCACAAAAGAGCAGCGCGUCGCCGCGACUGCCCGUCAAGACACCGCGCGCGCCGGCGAAGGAUGCACCGCUCCCUGCCUCGGCAUCACACAGCUCCGUGCUCGGCAAGCGCGACGAGACUGCUGCCGAGGUUGAGCACGAGGAUACGCCGUCGGCACGCAAGCGCCGCAUGGUCUGGGACCCCGAGAUGGGCUUUGUCGAUGCUGACGACCUCGAGGCACGCCGCCCCAAGCCGCCGCCGCCCCAGAACGAGGCCGAACGCAUUCUGCGUGCGCUCGAAAGCAUGCGUACGCCGCUCGGCGACGCGCGUCGCGAAGGCAUCGUGCGAUCGCAGUCGAUGCCGUCGUGGCACACCUCGUCGAUCUCGGUCCCGCUGCCGACCACGGAUACGAAUACGUCGCCGGCGUCGCGCUCGCCGGCGCGCAGCAUUGCGCCGCACUCGCGCUCGACGCAGCGCAUCCAGCAACUACGUCGCACGCAGGUAGGCCAGAAGCCCAGCAUGCGCUCAAAGCUGCGCAACUCGGUGCAGGCCAGCGAGAUUUACGACCACGUCACACCGGACGAAGAGGAACAAGUCGCACACGAAGUGCUUGGCCUCGACGACGAUGCGAUGCGCGAAGAAGAGCUCGAGAUGCCUGUCGAGGCGCCUGUCCGCCGCUCGCGCCGUACCAAGGCCAAGACAAAGGCGACACAAACCGAAACCGAGCCCGAGGCGCCGAAGCCGGCCAAGGCCGAGGCGCCUGCCAAGGCCGAGGCGCCCGUGCCGCCUGCGCAGCCCGAGCCCAAGGCGGAGGCGCCUGCCAAAAAGGACAACUUCUCGGUGCGUGCGGACGACGAACCGGACAGCAAGCGGUCCGUGCUCCGCCAAGGCUCGACCAAGCAGAGCAGGCGGCACGCGCCGUCUGGCCGUAUUACCGCAUUUGACGAUGACGAGGAGGAGGACGAUAUGCCCCAGUCAGAGGAGUUGGAAAAGAUCAAGCUGCCUACGAGCCUCUUCCCGACGAACUUUUCGUUCGAGACCGAGAAGAAGGAGGCCAAGGCGGCAGCUCCUGCGCCUCCUGCCGAGACGACGCCCAAGGACUCUGGCUCGCUGCUUGGCCGCCUGAGCGCGCCGCAGCCGUCGACGACGCCGGCCAAGGCGCCUGCCGCCGGCUCGACGCUCUUUGGCGCGAAGCCGGCCGAGGACAAGCCCCAAGACAAGGGCUCGUCGUUCUUUGCGGCGCCGCCCGCGAGCACCAGCAGCUCGCUGAGCACCGAGAAGAACGAUGGACCGGUGCCCUCGUUUUUCGGCAAGCCCGCUGCUCCGUCCGAGCCCAAGGGCUCGCUCGGCCUUGCAAGUGCGUUUGGCAAACCCGCCGAGGACAAGUCGAGCAGUUUCUCGUUCGGUGCGCCCAAGCCUGCCGAGGACAAGCCUGCCGAGGCCCCCAAGCCGAGCGCGUUCUCGUUCGGCAAUGACAAGCCGGCGGACAAGCCUGCCGAGGCACCCAAGCCCGCGGGUGGCUUUUCGUUCGGUUCCAAGCCCGCCGACGACAAGCCUGCGCCGGCGGCCGACAAGCCUGCCGGCGGCUUUUCGUUCAACAAGCCUGCCGAGGACAAGCCGAGCGGGUUUUCAUUUGGCGCGCCCAAGCCCGCCGAGGACAAGCCGAGCGGUUUCUCGUUUGGCGCGCCGAAGCCUGCCGAAGAAAACAAGGACAAACCUGCCAGCGGCUUUUCAUUCGGUGCGCCGAAGCCUACAGAAGAGAACAAGGACAAGCCUGCGAGCGGCUUUUCAUUCGGCGCGCCCAAGCCCGCCGAAGAGAACCAGGACAAGCCUGCCAGCGGCUUCUCGUUUGGCGCACCCAAGCCUGCGGACGAGAACAAGGAAAAGCCUACCAACGGCUUCUCGUUUGGCGCGCCGAAGCCUGCGGACGAGAACAAGGACAAGCCUGCCGGUGGCUUUUCGUUCAGCAAGCCCGCCGAGGCCAAGCCGAGCGGCUUUUCGUUCGGCGCCAAGCCUGCUGAGCAGCCUGCCCUCUCGUUCGGUGCAAAGCCGGACGAAGGCAAGGACAAGCCCGCGUUCGCAUUCACUGCGAAACCCACCGAAUCCGAGAAGCCAGCGGCGUCUGGCUUCUCGUUUGGAUCCAAGCCGGAUGCGCCAGCGGCGCCUGACGCGUCCAGCACGGGUCCCAAGCCCACGUUUGGCUUCGGCGGAGCAACCGACUCUGCCAAGGAUACCGAAAAGUCCGCACCAUUCUCCUUUGCUUCUGCGGACAAGAAACCGGAAGAGAGCAAGCCGAGUGCGUUUGGCGCGGCCGAUGCAAAGCCCGGCUUCUCGUUCGGCGCGCCAGCCGACAAGGCCCCGCAGUUUGGCGAGAAGCGUGACCGCGACGAGGACGAGCCUGCCUCGAAGCGUGCGGCGCCUGGCCUGAGCGCGGCCGCUGCGCCAUUUACCCUUGGCAAGCCGGCCGAGAAGCCGGCGGUGUCGUUUGGCGCCAAGUCCGACACGCCCGCGUUUGGCGCAAAGCCCGCCGAGAGCGCGCCAUCUUUUGGCUUUGGCGCGAAGCCGGACACUCCCACGUUUGGCGCGAAGCCCACCGAGACGCCCGCGUUUGGCACAAAGCCCGCCGAGACGCCCGCGUUUGGCUUCGGAGCCAAGCCUGCCGAGGCGCCCGGAGCCAAGCCCGCCGACACGCCUUCGUUCUCGUUCGGCGCCAAGCCCGACGGUGACAAGCCCGCAUUUGCUUUUGGCUCCGCACCCGCCUCUGCGCCCGGCUCGUCCGGCUCGUCGCCCGCACCGACGACCAGCUUCUCGUUUACGAACAACGAGGCAAAGCCCAGCUUCGCGUUCGGCACGUCGGCCGAGGCGAGCCCCGCCAGCGGCUCUCCUGCGCCGUUCGCAUUCAACGCCGGCGCGCCGGCGACGGGCUUUGGUGCGCCGGGCGGCUUCAGCGGCCCCGCGUCACCCGCGCCUGCGACAACGCCCACCACAUCGUUCUCCUUUACGCAAAACACGCCAGCGGCACCCAACUUUACGUUUGCGGGGCCCGCCGCUGCGGGCUCCCCUGCGCCGUUCGCCUUUGGCACCGGGACGCCGCCGCCGCAGCCUACGACGCCGAGCACGUUUGCCUUUAAUGCGCCGUCGCCCGCGCCGCCGGCCUUUGGCUUUGGCAACACUUCGGCGCCCGGCUCGCCGGCCCCCCCGAGCUUUGGCACGCCGCCGCCCGGAGCUGGUGGUGGCCUGUUUAAUAUGGGUGCGCCGCCUGCGGCCGCGCCUGGCGGCCGGCAAAUCAAGCCGCUGCGCCAGCCUCGUCGACGUUAG